ACGUUUUGCUUGUUUAGAUUGUUCACUCCUCGUGGAAUCAUCAUGUCAGCUCGAAUAACCAAGCAACUGCUCAAGGCGUCCACGACGCUCAUUGAAGUGCCUGCAAAGAAGACACCGAAAGGCGCGACUAAGGCCAACGCAAGCGUGAAGGUGGUCAAACCGACCAAGAAGACCAAGCGAUCACGCCAUUUUCUGGUGGAGGCCGAGCAAGCUCGGUUGGAAGCAGACAACACGGAGAAGAAUUUGCGCAUUCUCAAAAGGUCUCUGAAUUCGAAAGCUCAAGCUGUCAUGCAAAAGAUUCUCCAUACGACCAUGAAGAAGUAAAAUGCUAGUACGCAUGCCAGCCUUCACGAAUGAUCUGGCCUCGACUUAUUUACAGAGCCUCAAGGGCAAUCGAUGUGCAAGUGUGUGGACGAUUUGGUUUGUAGUUAUGCGCCAUAUCAAACUAGCAGUAUUGUCGAGGAAAUCUUGCUUGGCAUCUCUGUGGACACACAAACACUUGCUUCAUGUUGAAACUGAACCCAUGCGCAUGUGGCACUGCUCGAACAGCAAGUGGCAUGCUCUGCGUAGAGUUGAAUAUGGGAAAGAUGCGUUGUGACACCAG